CUUGAUAUUUGGAAUCUCUUUUUAUUUUCUUCUCUCUAUUCUUCUUAUUUGUUCUACAAAUUUCUAGGGUUAGGGUUUUUCCUUCUACAAAGACAAAAAUGGUGCGUAUAUUUGAUUCGUUUCUCAAGGGAUUUUCCUUAUUUUUCUAAUUUUCAUGCUCCAGAACAUGCAUAUGGCCUGAAUUUAGGUCUAUUUUACUGGGUGGUAAUCCCGUUAUGGAAAAAGUUGAUGGUUCUGACUAUGGAACUGUAGAAACACAUCUGAUACAAGGUAGUGAGGCUAGUCCAUUUGUAGUUGCAGCUCAACCUCUCGAACAAGCAGAAGCCAUGGGCAAUGAUGGCACCCCGAAAUUCAUACUUGAUCAGGGCCUAUACUAUUCUCCUACUAAUUACUAUGGAUAUUACUGUACAGGAUUUGAUUCACCUAGCGAAUGGGAUGACCACCCUAGGUUUUUUGGAAUAGAUGGUCAAGAUCUCCAUAUUGCAGGUUUACAGACUGAAAAUUUGCCUUUUGUAUACUACACUCCUACUUCGCCUACUUAUGAAUUUGCACAAUCACCGUACAAUCCAUACAAUCCUUACAUUCCUGGUGCUUACAUGGGAGUUGACGGCUCAUAUGUAGGCUCACAAACUUAUUACCCUGGAUCUGCUUAUCAGUACCCCACCUCGUCAUCUGCCUAUUACCCUCUUGUUCUUCAACCAGGUGCUGAUGGCGUUCCAAAUAGUUCCUCGGAUCCCCAUUCCUUAAAUGCUGGUGCAUCAAUUAUUAAUGGGCCAUAUGGAGCAGGGUUGAAAGAGAACACUUCAUUCAUGCCUGUCAGUACAACUAGAGCACCAUUGAGGCCAGCUGCAGCAGAUGGAAGAGCAGAAGCCAUGGACAAUGGUCUCAAUAUGUCACAGCCAUACUCUAAAAGGUCAGAGGGGUCUAAAUCUAGUGCCACUCUGGCUAAGCGCCCUACAGCCAUCCAAACUGUUGCAUCUGGUACUGUUUCUCAUUCAGCUUUACCACACAUUGCUCAGAGCCCAGGUACUUCAGCCUCUACUCAAGUAGCUAAUCAAAUUCCGCGUGGUGUUUCAUCUACUUUUAACUCAACAAAAGCUGUUGUGUCUGUGAAUGGAUUAUCAGACUUCGGAUCAAAUGCUCGCGGAUGGGGUGUAGUGGAUAAGUUCAAGCCAAGGUUUCAUUAUGGUGGGGAUUUGAAAUAUGGAAAUGGAAACACUGAUCUCUUGGGUGAACAGAAUAGGGGGCCUAGGACGAAUAGGUUAAAAAACCAAGGGGUGUCAUCCAUUUCACAGGGUGACAUCAUUAUCAGUGCUGAUAAUUAUAAUCGAGAAGAUUUCUCUGUUAACUACGUCGAUGCCAAGUUCUUUGUUAUCAAAUCUUAUAGUGAAGAUGAUGUGCAUAAGAGUAUCAAGUAUAACGUGUGGUCAAGCACUCCUAAUGGAAACAAGAGGUUGGAGAAUGCUUAUGAAGAUGCACAGAAAAUAUCAGCUGGGAAGCCAAGUGGAUGCCCAAUAUUCCUAUUCUUCUCUGUCAAUGCAAGCGGGCAGUUUUGUGGUGUUGCAGAGAUGACAGGUCCUGUUGAUUUUAACAAAGACAUGAAUUUCUGGCAGCAAGACAAAUGGAGCGGUAGUUUCCCUGUGAAGUGGCACUUUAUAAAGGAUGUUCCGAACACUAACUUUCGACAUAUUAUAUUAGAGAACAAUGAAAAUAAGCCAGUCACAAAUAGCAGAGAUACUCAAGAGAUACAUCACAAGCCAGGAAUUGACAUGCUGAAUAUCUUUAAGAACUAUUUGGCAAAGACAUCUCUACUUGAUGACUUCAUGUACUACGAAGAGCGUCAGAAAAUCAUGCAGGAAGAGAAAAAAAGGUAUCUUGGUAAAACCUAUGACAAUUCAUCCUUUAUGCCGGCAGUGGUACCUCCUACUCAACUAAAUGGUGUGGUCGAUCAACGACCUAGUUUGAAUGAUCUGUCUAAGCCUGAUAUCGGUCAAUCGAACAGUGCCAAGGAUGAAGCUGAAAAUAAUUUGGUUGGCGAUGAGAAGGAAAUUGUCUUAAAGUUUGGUUCUCUUAAUAUUGAUCUGAAGAAGCAAGGGGAAGCUAGACCGUGAACGGCAGCUGUUAUAGGUAGUGCAUGGAUAUUAUGGUUCUUUUGGGUACGGGGAGAUACUUUAGUGUAGCGGCUGGUUGUAAGAUUACCCCAUUGUUUUUCCCUUUCUUUGUCAUGGGUCCUUUGAACCUGUUCUUUCAAGUUUCAUCAUUAGAUUAGAAAAUACAGAAAUUUAUCGUGUACUUUCUGUCUGGGCUUUUCAUUGUUAUCUUUCGAGAAGCAAGUAAAGUCUGGGAUUGUGGCUGUGUUGCACAUAAUAUUUAAAGAAACCCUACUCGGUACUCACCACUAGAUAUGCACAUGAAAGCUGAUACCAAGAUGGUCUACCAGAUUUGCAGUUUACUCCGAAGAUAAAACAGAAGAGUAGUAAUUUUCUUUUUCUUA